GCUACAACAUUGCUUUGAUGUUGCAUUGCCUGAUUGUAGGUACAGUGACCGGCCACUAGGCCUCCAUGUAUUCUGCUUUCAUUCCACUGUUUAUUCGCUACGGAUCCGGCGUGGCUGUAACAUGCAUACUCCAGUCCGGGUUUUCCUCUGUGCCGUCGGGCUACUCACAGCCUCUAGCUGGUUUUUACUAAACUCUUGUCCUGAUAUCACUCCGCUGGCAUGGAGGAGGAUCGGUCUUGAUUAUUGUGAUGGUGGCAGUGAUCAGCUACUAGCGACCAGCCGAGAGAUCACGGCCAUGUCUUGAGGAUUUCGAUGUGCACCAGUUGACGGGACCCGGUUACCCAUCACGACAACUCUUCUUCACGUUCAGCUUAGAGAUUUUUACCGACCAAACCAAUGAAAUGCAGCAAGUUCACGGAGCAACUCCGGAGCCCCUUCGGUUCAAACAGCAAAACUUUUUCACAAAGGACAACAUAAUAAAACAACGGCGAGCUCGAGGCAGUGUCGGUCUGUUGUGUGUGUGAGUGGAGUUCGAGUGGGACUCGGAGGUAGUGAUGAUCGCCUGUAGCUUAAUAUCCGGUUGUGUCCUAUGGAGUUAUUACCUUUACUACUAGUCUGGCCGCGGUUGUUGUGUUGAUUUACUGGUCAACCGAACGACUAGCUCGUUCUUGAAGCCUUCGUGCUGGGCUACGGGGUAUUGUUAUCGGUGUUUUUCCAUCAACGGGGCAAGGUGAUAUUUGAAAACAGUGUUGAAUGGUGGAGCCACCGCGUCCUGUCCCGAAGGAGGGAACAAGAAUCAACAACGACCACCGUUUGUUUACUGUCCUUACGGUCAUUUGAAUCACCCGGUCCCCGUCUUGUUCAUCAUUUAACAUAACGACCCUCUCCCCUUCCCUGUAACAUUUAGCCUAGAAGACGAAGAGACUACUCGGAGGCUUGAGGGGAAGAAAAACUUAUUCCAAAAUACUAGCCUUUCGGGUGAAUGAUGGGGGACUUUGCAACCCCCGCUGCAGCGAACGGCAGUAACAUUUGCAUCAACAACAAUGCCAUGGCGAGCGGCAUGAACCCGGGUGGAAACCCCAACAAUGUGGGCAUUCCCAAACACAGCACGGUAGUGGAGCGGCUACGGCAGAGGAUAGAGGGGUGCAGGCGGCACCAUGUCAACUGUGAGAACCGUUACCAGCAAGCCCACGCCGAGCAGCUGGAGAUAGAACGGAGGGAGACCGUGAGUCUUUACCAGCGGAGCUUGGAGCAGAGGGCGAAGAAAUCUGCAAACAGCAAGCAUCAAAAUAAACAGCAAGACCCCGAAUCGGCGUCUUCGACCGAGCAGAGGAACAACACACUUAUAGCGCUCCAGGAGACCGUGAAGAGGAAACUGGACAGCGCACGCUCGCCCCUCAAUGGUGACCAGAACGGGAUCUGCGACGGGAGCUAUUCCCCGACCACCAAGAGGUUACGAAAAGACGGACCAGGAUCAGGCGGACUGGACUCUGUCGCGGGUCUCCCCAACAACGUCCCCCCCAUUUCCCCACUCCACCAGAUUGACAUCAAACCCUUACUGGGAGUCACCGGGAACGCCAACAACCCUAGCAUAAACAACAACAACAUCAAUGUCAACAACUGUAACUCCGGUCCCGGCAGCAACGGUAGCCAUGGCAACCACGCUGGCAGCGGCUUGGGCUCAGGUCGCCCGGGUGACGUCAAGCUCAACGGCGAUCUCCCCGACAUCAAGCUCAACGGUUCCUUAGACCUCGAGGACGGCUUCGGACUCCUCAAAGACCUCAAACAGGAGCCGCUCGACGACGGGGGAGGGAUUGAGUCGUCGGACACGUCCUUGUCCAAUCAGAACAAGCUGUUCUCGGACAUCAACCUGAAUGACCAGGAGUGGCAGGAGCUGAUUGAUGAGCUGGCCAAUACGGUGCCGGAGGACGACAUGCAGGACCUCUUCAAUGAAGACUUUGAGGAGAAGAAGGAGGCAGAGUUUACCAGGCCGGCCAAUCAGACCCCGGUACCGCAGGACCCGCCUCCUAUGGCCACAGUGGCUCAUCAACCGACGAACCAAGCGCAGGGGGCGCCACAGGUUCCCAUGGGUUCCCCACAGGUCCGGCCGUCGUCUUCGGGCCCUCAGUUCGCCACCGCCGCCAACGGAACGCCGCCGCAGCAGCCUUUGCAGCAGUCCCCACAGGUUGCUAUGGCCUCAGGCUCCCCUCUCCCCAACUGUGUGGCCCGGUCGCCGCAGACACCCACCCAGGCCCAGACGCAGGCCGGACCCAGAUCUGGGAACGGAUUUAUGAUGAACCCAGGCCAAGGUGUGGGCCAGGCGGGUACAGGAUCCAAUGGCCCUGGAGUCCCCCCUGGAAUUCAAGGGCCUGGGCCGGUGACCUCUGACCUGUCGCCUGCUGAGCAACUCAAAGCGAUGGCGGCACAGCAGCGUGCUAAGCUAAUGCAGCAAAAACAACAACAACAACAACAACAACAGGCUAACUGGUCCCCUGCCGGGGCUCCAACCAGCCCCUACGCCUCUGGUCCUUUCAACCAACAGGACAAGCCCAACAGCCCCAUGAUGUACCCACCUCAAGCCUUCAACCAGCAGGACAAGCCCAACAGCCCAAUGAUGUACCCACCUCAAGCCUUCAACCCUGGCCCACAGGGCCCCCUGGUGGCUGGGAUGACCUCGAACAAUGGCCCCAAAGCCCCCAUGAACAACUACCUCCCUCAGAACCCCCACAACCACAUGGGCAUGAUAAGUCAACAACAACAACAACAGACAAACAACAUGGGUACCCAGCAGAACACCCUCUCUAAACAACAACAACAACAACUACAACAACAGCAAACGGCAGCCAUGUUGUCCUACAACAACACCAAGCCACUGAGUCACUUCAGCACGAUGGGGGUGGAUCACAUGGGGCAGAGGAUGAACCCGCCCAUGGGGUCACAGGUCAAGAACCCCAUGAUGCCCCCCUACAUGCAGCAGGGAGGGGUACAGGGGGCGGGGCCGGGUCAGACCCAGGGACCAAUCCCGGGCCAGACGGCUCACCUCAGCGAGGAGCAGAAGAGGAUGUUGCUGAUGAAGCAGAAGGUGCUGAACCAGAGCAUGCCCUACAGCGCCAUGCAGCCCCAUGGACAGGAACAAGGUGUGGUGGGAAUGUCGCGGCAGCCCGGUGCCGUCCCGCCCCCUCACCCUGCCGGGGGUGUGGCCUCGGGCGCAGGGCCCAAUCAGGGCGCAGGGGCCCCUCCCGGUUACCUGGGCAACCAGCAGCAGGCGGCCAUGAUGAAACAGAUGAUGGUGAUGGAGCAGGAGAAGAGAGUCCAGCUCCACAUGAUGGAACAACAGAAACAACAGCUAAUGAGAGAGCAGAGACAACAACAACAACAACAACAACAACAACAACUACUGGCUGAACAGCUCCAGCAGCAGCAGCAGCAGCAGCAGCAUCUCCCCAGACAGAUGGUCCAGGGUCAGAGAAACCCCUACCCCCAGGUCAACCAGUACCAAGGAGCGCCCCAGGAGAUGGCGGCUAGGAGCCAUGCUCUCCAGAACAUCCGCGCCGCCCGCCUCCUCCAACAACAACAACAACAACAACAACAACAGAACCAGCAGAUGGUCCAGAUGAACCAGGGCGUCCCAGGGGGCUCGGUGGGUCCCCAACCUGACAUGAGCCUCCCCUACAGCGGGCAGGGAGCCGGCCAGCAGUCCCUCUACAGCCUCAACCCCUCCAUGAGCCAAAUGAUGCAGCAGCAGCACCAACACAACCAAAGCGUCCAGACCUCCAUGGGGCUACCACCAGGACACAACCCAGCGGCGCAGGCCCAGAGGCAGGCAGGAGGAGGUCCCGGGGUUGGAGGUGGAGGAGGAUACGGAGGACCACAGGGGAUGAUGAUGAACUCCAUGUCCCAGCAGCCCCUCAAGGGCCCGCCCAACGCCAAAGCCCAGGCCCAGAGGCUGCAAGGCAUGCUGGGAAUUGUAGGCGGAGGAGGAGGACCGGGAGGAGGAGGACCACAGGGAGGGAUGGGAGGGUGGCCACCCCAGCAGGGGCAGUCCCUCCAGGGGAUGGGAGGGCCAGGAGGGGUAGGAGGACCAGGCAGGACUACAGGCGAUAUGGUGGGCUUUGGCUCAGCCCAGGGGGGCUACGGUUCCAUGCAGCCUGGACCGGGACAACAGCCUCCACACCCACGCCUGGCCAAGCAGCACUUCCCUGGGCACCCACAGGGCCACCCCCACCCCCAGGCUAUGGGUCAGGGACAGCCCAUGGACCCCAGGGCUAUGAACCCUGCUGCGGGCAUGGCCGGGCCCAUGAUUGCCCCUCACAUGGCUGGACCAGGCCAGCCCAGGACCAACCAGCCCAGACCCAUGGUAAUGCCGGGACAGGGGGUGAUGGGCCAGGGCGUGCCCAACAUGGGGGCCUUCGGACAGGGGCCGGCGAUGGGGGUGGGCCCUGGAGGUGGAGGGGGGUAUGUCGGACAAGGAGGGGUAGGGGUCGGAGGUCAGCCCCAGGGCUACCAGAGGACAUCUAGUCAGGACCUGUCAUCUUACGGAUACGGGGGCGGGCAGGGGGCGCCGUCGGGUGGGGGGUUCGGAUUGGCUGAUGGGACGGGGGCGGACUUGGACACGAGUGACGGUUGGAUGGAGGAGUUCUUCCCCAACCAAUAG